CGCUGUCGUCGGAAGGAGCUGGAAGGGGAUCGAUAUAUGGGAUGGGGAUGUUGAUAUCUGUUUGAGUUCAGUUACUUUUGUCUUCUUGUUAGCAAAGGCAAAGGAGGAAGAGGAUCAGCACACGCAUAGCUUAGCAGUCAGUCUAGAAUCCCAGAGAGACAGAGAGAGAGAGAGAGAGAGAGAGAUUGUGUUUGCAUGAGUCUGAUCCAUCCAUCAGGAGUCUUUUUGAUUUCUUUUAAGAGUACUGUCUGAGAUGAUGAAUGUGGUGGCCAUUUGUCUGGUGGCGACCUCCCUCGCUGCCGCUGGGGUCUGGUCUCCCAGUCCCUCCCCUACCCCUCGGCCUCACACCCACCCGCCAGACAUCAAUAAUGAUGCAGUCAUCGUCAAAGACGGUCACCGCACCAUCGUUGUCGAGUACGACCAGGACGGCCACCCCAACACUAAGGUCUCCAUCUCCCCCGACACUACUUCCCUCUCCGCUUCUAGUUCUAAUAAGGAAGCCCGGGCCAGGGACAAAGAUGACAACUUGGCACGGGAGGAAGAGGACUCCGACCAAAAAUUGCACGAAUCUGGUCAUGGUCCUGGGUUUGCGGCCAAAGAGCUCAUCUGCGACGCCUACGGGAAGUGCAAGCAUGUGAUCUCCAGCACCCUCGGGAAGGCCAGAGACGAGGCAGCAGCCACGGUUCAUGAAAUUGGGAGGGAGGCAGGUGAAGCGAAAGAAUUCGUGUCCCGUGAAGCCCACGAUGCCAAGGAACACACUAAGGAGAAGUUCGAGGGUGCCAGGGAUGAGGCUAGAGAGGUUAAGGAAUCUGUGGUUCAGAGAGCCCAUGAUGCCAAGGAGAGAUUCGAGGGAGCUAAGGAAGGGGCAAAAGAAUCCUUGUCUCAGGGAGCCCAUUAUGUCGAGGAACAAUUAGAUAGAGCCAAAAACGCUGCAAAGGAAGCGAAAGAAGAUGCCAAGAAGACGAUAGGUGAAACAGUUAGGAGCUUGUCCGAGGCCGCGGAGAAGGGGAGAAGAGCUAAAGAGACUGCCAAGGGCCGGGUGAAGGCAGGGCCCAGCAAAAUCAAGGAGAUGGGCUACAAGCUGUUGGCUUCACGGUCCCUGAUGCCUACUUCUCUUAUGGGUCUGGUCAACCUGCUGGGAUUCGCAGUGGCUUAUGGGAUGUGCACUUGGGUCACAUUCAUCUCAAGCCGCGUGCUGGCGAAGACACUCCCCAGGCAGCAGUUUGCCCUGGUGCAGAGCAAGCUCUACCCAAUUUACUUCAGAGCCAUGGCUUAUAGCAUCGGAGGGUCUCUCUUGGGGCACAUGUUCAGCCACCAGAGGCGGCUAUUUUCGAGUAAUCCGGAGAUGCUGCAGAAUUACAAUCUCUUGGCCUCUCUCCUGAUGGUCUGCUUCAAUAUGCUGUACUUGGAGCCAAGAGCCACCAAGGUAAUGUUUGAGAGGAUGAAGCUAGAGAAGGAAGAAGGCAGAGGAAGGGAAUUCUUUGGCGAGGAGCUCAGAGUUGGAGUUGGAGUCGGAGUCGGAGGCAGGCAAACAAAUGAGUCGAGCCCAGCUGGAGAAGCUCCUGCAUCCACUGCACCUACCGCCGCAGGCACGGCAGUGGCCUCGCCAGUAGCAGACAGUGCGGAGGAGGCUGCUCUUAGGGCCAGGGUAGCUAAGUUGAACGAGAGGUUGAAGAGCCUUAACUCAUACUCAUCGCUGCUGAACAUCUUGACCUUGAUGGCCCUUUCUUGGCAUCUAGUUUAUCUAGGGCAAAGAGUGUCACCGACUUGUUGAACGCCCAGUAGCAGUUCGCCGUAAUGUUUCAGAAAAUAUCUAUCUUUUCGUUUAUACUAGGCUUAAUUGUCAAACUUGUUUUAGGCUACUGUAUGUGUUAGGAUCCUCCGCUCUGUAGGAUGCAUGCCACUCUCUCUUUUGAACGUAGCAUCUUAUAAAUGUUCAUGCAAAGUUUUGCUUUCUGGGUU